AUGAAUACGUCAGCUGUAGUACCGUUUUGGUAUGCAGUCGCCACAUUGCCCGAGGAAAGCACAAGUGCUGAGCAAUCGCCGGGUAGCUCAAGCGUGGACAGGACUAGUCGAGAUGCCGAAGCUGGAUUUGAAACACGAACGAGUGUAGCGUGGAAGCCUUCAUAUAUAAUUUCUACGGUUGUUGUUGUGGAGGACUUGAAUGUAAAAGUGGGCAGACCAAGCGCUGCCGCGAGUCAUUCGGCUGUCAAUACUCCCCCAUCUAACGAGGCGGCUGCAACCUUCUUUACCAAUCUAGAAGUUAGCGAUCGGUUUCGAUAUGAGAUAUUUGUCCAAGCAGGUAUGGCCCCAACUUAUCCACAGCGCCGAUCUCUGACGUCCGCUGCAACAUGA